ACAGCAAAGAUUGAAUUAGGUUUACUACUUUACAUGUGUUACAAGAAAUGCCGCUUCAUUCAACGAAAUUAUAAAGGCAUAGCUGGUUUAGCUUUUAAUAUUUCGUCAGUGGCACAUCGGACAUUUGCUUGCAUAGCUCUCACGCUGCAUAAAUGUUAUGACUCGCUGGUAAAUGAUAUAUUGCACACACCUGUUCGUGCGUAGUGAUGCGCAUAAGCAUUACCGGUCGCAUCAAUGCGUGUGAGGGCGUAAGACCGACAGCGGUUGUGCCUUUUUCAGAUGCGUUUCCGUUUUGAGCUGCUGUAGUAGAUCUCUGAGCAGGACUUAGAUCACUAGACACCAUAUUUACUCAGAUUUUGCAGAGAAACCAGACAAGGAAAUUCAUAGGAGCGUGUUUUUGUUUUAUCAAGACUUGUAAAUUUAACGAAAGACUUCUUCGUCGGAGUUUGAAAAUAUUCAGUUCAUCAACCAGUAUAAACGGAACAAGAGAAUUAUUACGUCAGAAUGACAUCCACUGUCGCUAUCCCUCAAUUCUUCGGCAACUACCCAGGUGUGAUUCCAGGAUCCGUCCCGGGGGGAAUUCCCUGCCCCAUACCAGGCACCAUGCCGCCAGCAAACGUACCAAUCCCAACAAGUGCAAAUGGGGUGAGCUAUCCUACAGUUCCAAUACAAGUUCCCAUUCAACUACCGGUUGUUCCUGUUGGUGGUGGAUGCUAUAAUGAUGGCAUGGAGGUUGUAUGGCACGGUGAAUUCAGCAGACUCUUCUGCAACUUCUACCCGCCACAUGUGUGGUACCUCACCAUUACAAACCAAGCGCCACAACAGAAAUGGAAAUUCCACCGAGACAGCGCUAAAGUUCGCUUCUGCUGCCAGGAUUGUGGAAACGGUUGGACAUCGAUGAAGGGCCGAGUCACAUUCUGGUUCUACCUCAACUAUUUGACCAACGAAGGUUUUGUUCAGUUCAAGUUGUAUGGACAGCAAUGCAAGAAAUGUAACAGCGGAAAAUUUGAAUACGUCAUGUGGUACCCAGAGGAAGUAUCCAAGGUGAUGUGCAAUGUUUACAACAAAGUUGGUCAAACAUAUUACGGGUUCCUGCAACCACCAAUCCGUAUUGACCGACGACCAGGUCGUCCAAGGAACCAACAUAAUGCUGAACUCUGUCAAGCUUGUAGAGAUGGGGAAUGUGAUCAGGCCCGACCAAUCAAAACGAUGUUCAAUGGAAUCAUUCCAAGCCCACUACCUAACCCACCACCGAACGGCGCUCUUUCACCUUCUUUGACCCCACCUGAAGCAUUGGGAAACCCCCCUGCCCCAACCAUCUCCAUUCACCAGUCAGUUCCAACAUGUGACGUCAGCACAGUAGGAAGCAACAACACAGUGAUGACGUCACCACCCGCACAAACCACUCCAAUGCAACCAAUCCUGACUUACUCCGUAGUCACGUGCCCACCCAAACCACUGUCCGCAACAUCCAACCAUUUCAUUCCACAGAACGGAAUUUCCCCACCUGUCAGCUACGUUUAUCAUCAUCCAAGCCAGUUCCCAAUGCUCAACGGCGGCCCCCCACCUCCCCCGGUGAUGCUGCCACCACCUAGGCAACUGAUGCAACCACUGAUGAAACCAACCACCGAUCCGAAUACAACGAAUGGAGUCGAAAGUGUCGCUGAGUCAACGCAGCAAGUCGUGCCUGUUGAAGAAGCUACUAUAGUUGAGUUGGAGCAAUGCUUCAAAGAAAAUGUUCAAAUCGAAGAGAAGACUGAAAUAAAGAAGUCAGACCAGACAUCAAGUGCCUUAUACGGCAGAAUGCCAACCUAUGACGGUGUGUGGUGGCAAUGCAUGACUUUAAAAGCGGGUGGUUUUACUUGCAGUAACUAUGGCAAACCAAGCAUCUUUUUAUCAGCUGACAUCCAAGCGAUGAGAGCAUUGAUGUGUAUCGCCACCAUCGCAUCUUUUCUUGCCAUGGUAUGUUCACUGCUAUCGCUUGACUGCACCACUGCGUUGGAAGCUAACACAAAACCAAAAAACAUCAUUACUAUGGUGUCCGGCGUCUUCCAUAUAGUAGCUGGAUUGAUGUGUGGAGGUGCUGUGUCGUGGUACGCAUGGAGAGUGACGUAUGAGUUUUACAGUCCUUUCUACCAAGAGAGGGAGUUUGUUUAUGAGUUUGGUUCCUGUCUUUAUAUUGGAUGGGUGUCUUCCGCUAUUGGAACCUGUACCUUAAUUAGCACAAUAUGGUUUGCUGUGGGCGUACAACAGCAGUUUCAUGACCCUAUGUAUAAAAAUUCGAAUUUUAAAUAUGAGUUUGGCUCGUGCCUUUAUAUUGGAUGGAUUUGUGGAGCAAUUACUCUACUAGCUGGUCUUGUAUUAAUAUGUGGAGCAUGCAAGAAAAAUAAAGAUGAAGAUGAACAUUCUUCAUAUCCAUAUACUUAUCAACCAAGCAAAGUAACAAAAGAGACAAAGACAGAAUAUGUUUAAAGAUCUUAUUAACUCCACACAAAAAAUAACUUUCUUAUCUUGAACCAAUGCCAUUUCACAUUUGGAACAUGUUAAACUGAUUUGAACAUACUGUAAAUAACCUGCUUUACUAAACGAUUCUCUUUAUCAAGAAAAAUUUAUAUAAUAAAACAUGUACAAAG